AUGGAGAGGUUGACGCUGCACACGAAGCGGGCGACCGCGGUGCUGCAGCACGCGCCGUUUGUUGUGCUGUAUGGCGUGGGUGUGUUUGAGAUGUGGCGCACAAUCGGCCAGCCGUACGAGGAGGCCCUCGCCAAGGCCGCUGCCACGCAACCCGACGACGGCUCGGACUUUCUGCCGCCGUGCAUGCCCUUGCCGGGCGAGUACAUGCCGACGUUUGCAUCUCGCCUGUUUGUGGGAGCAUCCGUCAUCCUGCACAUCCUCAUGCUGCUGAUGCAGCACUGGUCUGUUGCCUUCCACUGUUGGCUCCACUACCGCCCGGCGCCCCUCAAAGAAGCCACCCAUGCCCUGGCCACCCCACCAGUCCACCAGGGAAAGCCCGAGCUUGUCGCCAUCGAACGUACCGCCAAGGGCGUGCCAUACAUCCGCUUCCAAAAGCAAAACUACAUGCACAACCCUGUACGUCUGCAUGAGCACGGUGGGUUUGUGCGCGUGGCCUGCCCUGACGAACUUCCACUCGAGGAGUAUGCACAGCACCCCGGUCUCUCCACACCAUCAGCAAAGGCCAGGAUCAUGCAAUAUGGGGAGAACAAGUUUGAGAUUGAGAUCCCGUCCUUCCAGGACUUGUACGUGGAGGGUCUCCUGCAGCCGUUUUCCGUCUUCCAGUUCUUCUGCGUGCUGCUGUGGUGCCUGGACGAGUACUGGCAAUACUCGCUCUUCACGCUGGGGAUGAUGCUCAUGUUCGAGGGCACCGUGGUCAUGACGCGACGCAAGAAUCUCACCAGCUUGCGUGGAAUGAACAACGCCCCCCGCUCGCUCCUCGUUCGCCGCGACGGCGCCUGGUCUCGCAUCUCCGCAAACAAACUCGUCCCAGGCGAUGUCGUCAGCGUUCCAAGAGGCACGGGUGGCGAUGAAGACAUUGUGCCGUGCGAUUGUCUUCUCCUCAAGGGAACAGCCGUCGUCAACGAGGCAACCCUCACCGGCGAGAGUGUUCCGCAGAUGAAGGAGGCCGUGUUUGUUGAUGAGGAGACGGCGCCGGUCAAACUCGAUGUGCAGAACCGCCACAAGGUGCACGUGUUGUGGGGCGGGACGAAGAUGCUGCAGCACACGGGCGCUGUUGCCGAGGAAGAUCGCGUGUGGAGCAAGGACUCCAGCCAGGAUGUACUCGACCGCCUGCGCACCAUCGCCGCGGAUGACGUGCCUGCAGGCACGCCGGACGGCGGCUGCCUCUGCUACGUGCUGCGGACGGGAUUUGACUCUUCACAAGGCCGGCUUGUGCGCAUGAUUCAGUACAGCAGCGAGAAGGUGUCUGGCAACAGCAAGGAGGCGCUAGGCGCUACUUCUUGGCUUGAGGAAGGCCGUGACCAGUUUGACCUCCUCCUCCACUGCAUCCUCAUUGUCACCAGCGUCAUCCCCCCAGAGCUGUACAUGCAGAUGACGCUUGCUGUGAACACGUCGCUGAUGGCGCUGAUGAAGGCGAUGAUCUACUGCACAGAGCCCUUCCGCAUCCCCAUGGCGGGCAAGGUUGAUGCCUGCCUCUUUGACAAGACCGGCACCAUCACCACGGACGAGCUCGUUGCCGCGGGCGUCGUCGCCGUCUCGCAGUUCCCUGAAGCACGCGCCCAGCACAAGCUGUUGAGCGUGACGGGGUCGAAACCGCAGGAGCGACACCCCAUGGGCAGCAUGCCCUUGGAAGCAUCUGUCGUCAUUGCCGGCUGCCACUCGCUCGUUGAUGUGGACGGGAAGUCCACUGGCGACCCCCUCGAGAUGACGUCCAUCAAGGCGAUCAAGUGGCGGUUCGACACCAACACCAACACCGCAAUGCCAACCAAGGACGCAACGGUCACCUGGCCCGCUUCCAUCAAGCCGAGUGUGAAGAUUCUUGUUCGUCAUCACUUUGCGAGCAAGCUGCAGCGCAUGAGUGUUGUUGCGCGUGUGUCCACGAGCACUGACUGUGGCGUCCGUGGCCUCUGCGUCCUUUCCAAAGGGAGUCCGGAAAUGAUUGGCCAGCUGCUCAAGGACGGAACAAUGCCCGCAUGGUACACCCCAACGCACCGCAGUCUCGCCAAGGCCGGCAUGCGUGUGAUUGCCCUCGCCUACCGCCGUUGCGACGACGACUACGACGAGACAAGCGUGCUUGAUGCGCCCCGCACUGCGCUCGAGAAGGACCUGCUGUUUGUCGGCUUCCUCGCCUUCCGCUGCCUCGUGCGCGCAGACAGCAAGGACGUGGUGCAGAACCUGAAGCAGAGCUCGCACGCCGUCACCAUGCGGGUUUCCCAUGAGACCGGAGCCGCCCCUCUCACAGCGAUCCACGUGGCGACGGAGGUGGCCAUCACCCGAACGGACAAGAGCAAGCUCCUCCUCCUCGGUGAGAAGCAGCAUCAACCAACAGCAGACGGGUCAUCGCUGGUGUGGCGCUCCGCUGACACAGACGCCGUCGUGUCGUCCUUUGAUGCAAAGACCAUCACCGAUCUCGCAGCAUCAUACGACCUCUGCGUCACAGGGCCGGUGCGUUUGUGUGCUGCCGAGACCAGCGAGCUCGUGUGGAAGCAGGCAAGCAGCGUCCGCGUGUACGCACGCAUGACCCCGGACCAGAAGGAAAAGCUGAUGAUGGCACUGAAGGACACGAAGCACCACACACUCAUGUGCGGCGACGGUGCGAACGACGUCGGGGCGCUGAAGCAGGCGCACGUGGGCGUUGCUCUCCUCUCUGGCUUUGGAAAUGCGAAUGUCAAGCGUGACGAGCUCACGCAGGGCGACAAGAAGAGCAAUGCUGAUGCUGCAGGUGCACGCUUGCACGUGCUUGUAACUUGCGUGCAUAUGUUCCGGCGCGUGCGCGCGCGCGUGUGUGUGUGUGUCUGUGUGUGUAUCUGUGCGUGCGUUUGUGUGCAUGUACGUGAAUGCGAUGCGUCGAUUGCUGCGCCCUUCACAUCCAAACGGCCCUCCAUCGAGUCAACCCUUGAUAUCAUCCGCCAGGGUCGCUGCACGCUGGUGACGACGCUGCAGAUGUACCAGAUCCUAGCCCUCAACUGCCUCAUCUCAUCAUACUCUCUCUCGGCCCUGUACUUGGACGGCGUGAAAUCGGGCGACCGGCAGAUGACGGCGCGUGGGCUGCUGCUCACAGUCUCGUUCCUCUCCAUCAGUCGCGCAUCGCCACUCAAGAAGCUGUCCUCAGUUCGCCCGAUUGAGAGCAUCUUCCAUCCGGCUCUGUUCCUGAGCCUCCUGGGCCAGUUUGCCAUCCAUCUUGGUUGCAUGAUGUAUGUUGUGAGCAUGGCAAAGCCCCACCUGCCGGACAACUGGGAGCCGAGCAUCACAGGGAAGUUUGAGCCAAACCUGAUCAAUAGCGUCGUCUUUCUCGCAGAAUGCGUGCAGCAGGUGUCUGUGUUUGUGGUGAACUACAAAGGCCAGCCCUUCAUGACCUCCAUCACCAAGAACAGCUUCUUGCUCUAUUCGCUCGCGUUUUGCGGUGCCGGCGCCUUCCUCUGCGCUUCGAACUUCUUCCCAGAGUUCAACAAGCUGCUGCAGCUGGUCGAGUACCCAUCUGAGGGCUUUAGGAAAACGCUGUCGUUUGUGCUGAUUGGAAAUGUUGUCGGCACCAUCGUGUGGGAUCGGCUGAUGCACCUCAUCUUUGCCCCAACGAUCCUCUUUGCUGGUUUCAAGUCAAUCACAAAAGAGGAUGUGCGCAAGACGAUCAAGAUGCUGCUGGUUGUUGGCGGGAUCAUGUACAUGAUUGCGUCAGCGGACCCGGAGGUGUGGGAAGAGUAUGAGCGCCAGAUGGAGGAGUACGAACAAGGCGCUGCCGCUGCCGAAUAAUCAACACCAAUCAUGGGCCGUGCCAACCCAACCCCCCCCCUCCUACGCUAGUGCUUUGUAUUGUUUGUUUGCUUGUUUGCAUGUUUGUUUGUGUUGGCUGUUUGCUUGUUCGCGUCUGUCCUUGUUGGUGCCUGUCUGUGUUUGUGCCUUGGUGUUGUUGUUCAUUUGGUCCAGUUGUGACUCUUGGUUGAGCAUCAUAAACGUGCAC